CGCCGAGGCAGAGCCACCGAGCGUGCGAGACAGUCCCGAGCUGAGGUUUGGGGGGGGCACCCGCGGAAGCCUCCCGUGCCCCUGGCCCGGCUCAGCGACCUCAGAUCUGAUCUGACCCGACGUGCCGUGAGCGAAGAUCCAGGUUCCUUUCCCCCCCACUCUGCAGCUCAAGCGGCGCCAUGGGGAUCCAAGGCCUGCUCCAGUUCAUCAAGGAGGCGGCCGAGCCUUCCCACGUGAAGAAGUACAAAGGGCUGACGGUCGCUGUGGACACCUACUGCUGGCUGCACAAAGGCGCUUAUGCGUGCGCUGAGAAGCUUGCCCGAGGAGAGCCCACGGAUCUUUAUGUAGCUUUCUGUAUGAAACUUGUUGAGAUGCUCCUUUCAUUUGGAAUUAAACCAAUUUUGGUAUUUGAUGGAUGCACCCUACCCUCUAAGAAGGAAGUGGAAAAGGCCCGACGAGAGAAGCGUCAAGCCAGUCUUCUGAAGGGGAAACAAUUGUUGCAGGAAGGGAAACUGUCAGAAGCCAGGGAAUGUUUUGGACGCAGUGUAAAUGUUACCCAUGCCAUGGCUCGUGAAGUUAUUAAAGCUGCACGAGCCCGGGGAGUUGAUUGCAUUGUUGCUCCUUAUGAAGCUGAUGCUCAGUUGGCUUAUCUUAAUAAGAUUGGCAUUGUUCAAGCUAUAAUUACAGAAGACUCUGAUCUUUUAGCUUUUGGAUGUAAAAAGGUAUUUCUGAAAAUUGACAAGUUUGGAAAUGGACUAGAGAUAGAUCAAGCUCGACUAGGAAACUGCAAACAGCUUGGAAAUGUGUUUACAGAAGAGAAAUUCCGCUACAUGUGUAUUCUUUCUGGUUGUGACUACCUCGCAUCGAUAUAUGGAAUUGGGUUAGCUAAAGCGUGCAAGUUACUAAAAUUAGCCAACAAUCCAGAUAUUAUAAAGGUUAUUAAGAAAAUGGGGCAGUACUUGAAGAUGAAUAUAACAGUACCAGAAGAAUACAUACAGGGCUUUACACGAGCCAAUAAUACAUUCCUUUAUCAGUUAGUUUUUGAUCCUCUCAACAGAAAAUUAGUUCCUCUGAAUGCAUAUGGGGAUGACAUUGAUCCAGAAACACUAAGUUAUGCAGGACGACAUUUUGGUGAUGAUACUGCUUUUCAAAUUGCCAUUGGCAACAUCGAUAUCAAUACAAUGGAACAAAUUGAUAAUUAUAACCCUGACACUGCACAGCUUGUGCAACAGAGAAGUUGUGGCUGGAAUGACAGACGUGAUAAUCAUGUAAAUAGCAUUUGGAGCAGAGAAUACCAGUUUGGCCCUACUGAAGAUACUGUUCCUCCUAAAAUGCAUUUACUAGACAAACCAACAACCAAAGGCAUGGAGAAAAUAAUCAACAUUAAAGGGCUAAAACUUCCAGGCAAAGAGCUCUUGGCAAAAAGGUCGAGGAGUGAUUUGGAAGAAGUCUCAGAUGGAGAUUUGUUGAAGCAAUAUUCAUUUACAAAAGCAAAAAGAGUCAAGAAGGAGGAUGAUCUUGAGGGCCAAGCACAAAAGAGAGUCUCAGCAAUACAAAGCCUUGAUUCUUCAGGAAGUUCUCUCACUCAAGAAAGCUCUAACUCCGUGCCCAGAGUUAGAAAUAAAUUUGCUUCCUUUUUACAAAGGAAAAACAAAGACAAGGAUGCUGUAAUUGUUCCAGGAACAAGAAGCAGGUUUUUCUGCAAUGAUGCAAUUAUGUUUGACGGUAGAGUGAAGAAGGAUGAUGAUAAUGAUCUAACUCAAGAUACUGAGCAGGAUUGCCAGAAACAGGAAAUAAAAUAUGUGGCAGAGGAUGUCUCUCAGUUUUCAGAGACUGAAAAAUCAACCAGGACUGUCUUAAUACCUCCCGGAGAAAUGCAGAAAAGUUGUUUCCAGUGGUUUAGCAGCCUCGAAGAUCAGAUUAAUGGGAUUCAAACAGAGAAUGAGGCAGUGUGUGAUGAAAUAGAGGAAGAGUCCUCCCCCUUAAUAGAACUGGAACAGUCAUCACAGUCUCAUGAGUCCUGUGAACCAUCAGAAUCUAGUUUGGAGUCUUCAGAAAUAUUACAAAUGUCCAAAAACAGUUCAGAUGCAAAGGAAUCUGACUCCAAUUCAAAACUGGCUGACGAUAAACAUACUCUGUCUCUGCUAUUUUCUGCUGUUCGAACUGACAAAAAAAAUACAAUCAUGAAAACUAAGGUUCCUGGUUUACAUAAGUCCAGUAGUACAAAAUCACGUAUUGUAACAAAGCUCAAACCGUGGGUACCAGCUAAAGUAAGUGGAUUAAGCAGGAAACUGUCACCUGUGCAGAAGAGAAGUGACUGUGAUGCUGAAAAUAAGCUGGGACUGCAAGUUACUGUUAGUGAACUCUGGAAAAGCUUCCAAUUUAAAAGAGAGUACAAAAAGCUGCCUUCUUGUAGAAAGUCAGAUCCUUUAUCUCCAAUCAAAGAUAAUAUACAGCUCACUCCAGAAACACAAGAGGAAAUCUUUAAUCACCUGGAACGUAGUCAUGUUCAGAGAGCUAUAUUCCAAUGAACUGCAUGCUCUUCACAAUGGGAUGGAUUUUUAAUCAUUGUCAAAAUUUACCUACUGGAUAUUUCAUCAAUAUAGAAAAGUUGCUUUGAAAACCAGCUAUAUAUUUUAGUCUGACUGUUGAUUUAUCAUCUCUAUAAAAGCGUGAAUUGAAAGGUACAGUUCUAUAUUGACUGGAAUAAAAUAAUUCAGAUUCCUGUGUUCUCUUA